GCUAGAGUAGCUGCCACGUGUAUGGUAGAUACAUAGAUUCCCUAUUCUGCUCCUUGUAUGGAUAAGAUCGCUUGUACUCUGUUUGAGCAAGAACCAAGUUCGAUUAGAAAUGGAAGUGGGUAUGUCACUAAAUGCACUGAUGAGGCUGCCAUUAUCGAGUUCGUCGAGAACUCUGGAAGAUGGAUUGGUCAAGCACUCGUUAUUCUCAGCUGAGUUGCAGGGUGACGCGACGUGGGAGUUCUUUAUUAGUAGUUGAAGCUAAGGGGAAGAGAGGGAUGGUAAAUCGCCAGUUUCAGCAGAGACCUCCUCCAUUGCCGAAGGUUGAAGAUGAUGGGAAUCCCAAGUUCGUCAUCUUCAUCCGCAUGGCCAAUGUAAUGUUUUCCCCCCUUUUGGACUCUCUUCCCUCUUUUGCAAGCUGUAAACAGUUCAUUACUUUACUCUGUAGAUGAAUAGAGUUUCCUUGGUAGCUCUGUUCAAUCUGAAUUUCAUCAGUUCGUAUCAUAAUGCUUAUGGAAUGGGAUUUGAUCUUAAUUACGGAUCCGUGUAGAUCAUGAUCCGAAGAACAGUAACAUGUUAGAGUGGACUCAAGAACAUUGUGCAAUCUCAACAGUAACAUGUAAGAGUAGAUCAUGAUCCGAAGAGUAGUAACAUGAUUACGGAAUGAGAUUUGAAUGAGACAUGCCCACGCUUUGUUGAAUCCUGUAAAUCUCAUAUUUAUUGUGAUUGCUCUUUUUCUUUUGCUUGUUCCUUCUUGUAUUUGAUUCCAGAAUCCAAUCCGGCCUCCCAUCCUGCUGUUAUACGUGAUUGCAGUUCGAGUUCUGCUGACCGUCCGAUUCUGUAAAGUUAGGACUUAGAAAUGGAUGGUGUUUCUAAUCAUGUCCUGCUUUCUUUGGAUGGAAAUUCGUCUAGAUUGCAUUAGGUAAUUUUACCUACAACGCUGAGUAAUUAUACUGAGACUGUUGUUUACUUAUUCCCCCAGGUUUACAUAUGGUACCCGCUUAGUCUAAUAACAGGUGGUACAACAGCUAAAAUCAUGGUUGCUGCUAAGGACAACUUUCUGGGCAAGUACAUAUCCAAAGACACACUUGCUCGAAACCUUGCCGCGGUAAUCUAUAGAGAUGAGAAGGAAACACAGAAGACUGCAAUCAAGCAACAUCGUGUGUUACGAUCAGCAACCGAGUUCAGAUAUGGUUACAAGCUCAUUGAGAAUGGCAAUGUAAGAGCUGGUCUGGCGACGAAUGAUGUCAUUGAGAGCUUCCGACGCAAGACAAACUGAAGACAGUGGUUGACAAAGUGAAAGACUUCUUUGGGGAUGCGAAGGAAUCCUUCGGGAAGCUUAACGCUAAAUUCGACUAGAGACGAGGAGGCGCAACAAGAAGUUACAAAGGGAGACGAGAAAGCAAAGUGAGUCUGUACUUUCAUCCAUUGAUUUUCACAUUGGGAAUUCCACAAAGUUCUCUAACUUGGUAACUUCCGGAUUGUGCAGAGAUAAAGGCUGAAAACCCAGAGAGAAAGUUGCAAGCUUUACAGUUGAUCGGUAGCCCAUUGGUUCCUCCAGAUUGAAAAGAGGUUUUUAAGCAAGAGAUCUGUAGUUGCCAUGGUGAGGUUAUUAAAUGUACAGCAUUGCCUUGCUCCAUGAUUUUGGCCAUUGCAUGUCUAUACCUUGUCAAUUUGUCACCCAUUUCAAUCUAUGUAUAUCUGUCUAGCAUGUUCUUUCACAUGUAGCAUGGAAUGGAAUUGAAACAUUUACUGAUUUUUUCAGAAUCUCUUCAUUAGCCUAGUGUUUAACAUUAUACUCCAAUACCGAAUUUUAAUGAUUCACAAUCGAGCAUUAACCUAGCAUAACCUGACAUAGGUCCCCAAAGAUGAGACCCUUUCCACAGACCUUACCUCAAGUACAUUUCUCUUGAACUCGUAGCCCGCCCUCGACGUUGGCACAAGAAUGAGCUUAGUCUUCUUCCAUGUAGGGUGUGCUUAUACUUGCAUUGAGAUUUUGAGACUAGUCGAACCACGAAAGGAAAGUGUUUGGUUUCAUAUUGGGGUUCUCCCAUCCUUUUACACUUCACACCUCUAAGUUCCCUCACGUUGUUCUCUGCUAGGUGAAGUCCACAAAAUAUGGAAUCUCUGCCAUUUUCGAUUGCAUUAGGAUCUCGCUCCUCCACCUCCAUGGUUAGCCGCCAAAAGUGUUGUCGCUCAGCAUAACAAGGUCAGCGAAUUGAUUUUGGUUUUGCGGGGUUUUGGUUGUCCAAAGUCUGCCAAAAGACAUGCAACUGCAGUGUGUAGAACUGAUGACCGACUUCCCUAGCCUCGACGAGCUUACAAGCACAGAAGAGAUCAUGUGUAAUCAAUUCCAGGCUGGGCU